UCCACUUUAUACAACAAACUUACAUAAUUAUUAAUUACUAAAUUUCACAAUACAAAAUGGAAGCAUGUCUAAUGUCCGGAAUAAGAUCAGUAACCUCGAGUGGACAUUGCAUUUGCACCAACAAAUUUUCAACUAUUUUUACCAACAGAAUUUCAAUUUCGUGUUUCUUCCAAAAUACUAUGACCUUGAAGUUAAAGAUGGAAACCCAAAAAAAUCCCAAAAGACCCACUUGCCUAUCUUGUUCUAAACCUCUUUCCCUCUGUCUUUGCACUCGCAUUAAAUCUCCAAACUUUGACAACAAAGUUCAUCUCACAAUUCUCCAGCAUAGUUUAGAGAGAAAACACCCACUUAAUUCUGCUAAAAUUGCCAAACUUGGUCUCAAAAAUGUUGAUGUUUAUACUGUCACUGAUGUUAAGUUUGAUGCUCAGUUUAAUGUUCAGCCAUUGGUGUUAGAUGAUGAUGGGUUUAAUUUGUUGGAAGAAGAAUGCACGUCAAGUGUUUGUGGAAAUGCUUCUGAGAGUUUGGAUUGUAAUGGAAGUUUAGCGAUUGAAGGAUCACGGGAGGGGGGUUUUGAUCAGGUUUCUGGUGUUGAUUUAGGGGAUGGGUUCGUUGGUGUUUCGGAUUCUGAGAGGUUUACGGAUGAAAUCGUCGAUUUUGAUAAGAACGAUGAUCAAUUGCUUGAGCAAUGUGAUGUUGAAAUCACUGGUGUUAGUGAUAAUUUAUGUGAGUGGAGAUGCUAUGGAAGGAAACCUGAAGCUUUACUGAGUGUAACGGUUGGUAAAUAUGGUGGAAUAAGCAAUAUUUCUCAUCAAUGGAAGCUGCAAGAUGAAGGGAAAACACCCAAUCUUGAGGAUUUGGUUGCCUCUCCAGAGGUUCUAGAAUCACUAGCUAGAGGAUUUGUGGUGCAGAAGCUGCAAAAGAAGCAGAAGAGUGGGAGUGUAGAACUAGAACAAUUUGAAGAGUUUCGGAUCACAGUUCCUCCAGGAUCAGCACUUCUGUUUCCAGCCCAAAAUGCAGUACCGGCUGAGACUAUCGACUUUGAGGUGAAGAACUUGAUUUUAUUGGACGGAACUUGGUCGAAAGCAAAUCGAAUGUAUAAUGAAAAUCCAUGGCUAAGAAUUUUACCGUCUGUGAGGCUAGAUAUGGAGAAGUUGAGCAUGUUUAGUGAAGUUAGGCGUCAGCCUAAGCCCGGAUAUUUGUCCACUAUUGAGAGCAUUGUGUAUGCUCUGAAGGCACUAGGCGAAAGCGAGGAGUUGGAGGGGCUGGAUAACUUACUAGAUGUGUUUGAGUCCAUGGUUGAAGACCAGAGACGAUGCAAGGAUGAGGCACUAAAGAAGCUGUCUCCUUUAUGAUAUUCUUAUACCUACCUGUUUGUUGGUAAUCCAUAAUAUUGUUUACUUGACUUCUGUUCCUAUUAUAUUUAUCACUUCAUUCUUGCAGAAUGAGGCAGUGAACGUUUACAUCUACCAUGCAUGGCAUCCUAGAUUGAUUUAUGGAACCGAUGGAGUAUAACAUAAGCCAUUAUGCCUCACUCUUGUUAAAA